CUAUCAUCCUACUAUACUCUUCUCUUUCCAUAGUAUCCCCUCCGGUCCCACGUUGGCCCUCGUACAGAACCGGUCAUCCGUAACCUAACUGUACCAUACUGUACCAGAUUACAGGAUCGCAGUAAUCACACGCACCCAGCGUACAGCCACUUAGCAGAAGCAGCAGCGUCAACUACUCGUACAAGCGGCCGGAUCAGCCACACACGCAAAAUAGAUGCUCCAUACCACGAGCCCCGGCAGCAAACCGGAUAGGCGCGCAAGUUUGAGUGUCGCCACUGCACUUUCGGCACGCAAUAUUUCUGGCACGUCCACUUUAGGGAAUAGGGCAAAUGGUCAUUCAAGGACUGUUUCGGACUCGAGAGAACAUCUGCUGCAUGUACGAGUCCACGGAAUAUCCAGCCCCGCCUCCCCAAGCCUGUCAGCUCUCUCCUCAUCGCCCCCGCCGCCACGACAUUCACCAAAAAAACCGAGCAGUUUACCAGAUUCCUCGAACAUACAACCGGGCUGUUUCGAUACUUUGUCCGUCGACUCUGCAAGUGUUGCUUCUGCUGACUCGGUUGGCCAAACGCGAGUCCGCCGCCUUUGUUCUCCCGAAAACAGCCGCCGCCCUUUCGUUCCACCUCCGUGUCGCCAAACGACCAACCCUCGGUCAUCUUCACAAAGUAAAGAUUUGGGGGGUGCCUAUACAGGGCGUCUUACAGAGCAAGCCCUACGCGACCAAGAAGCGGUGCAGCACGGCGAUUUGGACGAUACAGUACCGAAAACGCACCUUGCUCCCUAUCAAACAAUCACUUCUACCCCCCAGAAGCCCACAUCACCAGGCUUUGGAGUGGAUACAAUAAUGGCGUCCUCAACUCGCGAAGGGUCUGGAGGCAAUGGGCUCACUUCGAGAGACAGAUCUAGGAGUUUUGCAAGUACCCACUCUGAUCCAACCCGAAAGACCGAAGGUGUUGCAGAAAGCGUUGUCCAGGGGACUGUGAGUAAGGCCUUUGGAAGCCGGCUAGGGCGGCUACCGUUUGGGCAGAGAUCUAAUGCUUUGGGAUCUAUGGGUAAUAAUGAGGAUAAUGGACAUGGAGAAUUCUCGCAGCCCACUGUGGAAGGAUCUAAGGAAAAGCUGAAACCUACAGAGGGGAGUGUGGACUCGAUAUCAGGCCACAGGCUUAUAUCAACCUCUACCACUAGCAACCGGGGGCAGCCUUUCCGCUUGAUAACUGCUCGGGCGGAGGGCAAGGCGAGGUCUGCCCAAGAGCAAAGCGAUGGAAAUGGGAAACAGCAUUUAGGCUCACCUUCAAACGCUCCUAGACAUGGAUUGUCAUUUACUCCAGCAGCGGGUACGCGGGCCAAUUCUUCACCCAAAGAUUCUAAGGCCCCACGGCAAGCUGUUUCAACUCUUCCUAGUCCGGGCCCCGAUGGGCACUUAGCUCGGAGGGAUAAAGGGCACAUUAUCAAAUCUGAUGUCUCACCAGCUGCUGCUACACAACAAUCCCAAAAGCUGUCGCAUAAGAGAAAUGCUACCACAUCCUCUAUCCAUCGUACAUUCUCUGGCGAACAAGGUAUUGGGAAAGCUAGGGACGAGCGGAAUAGAUCCUCAAGCGCUGCCUCAUUUAGAGGGGCUGCUACCAGAAGCAAGCCCACCUCUCGAUCGGUCUCUGCGACUUCAACCGUGGAAUUGGGGGGCUCGCUCGGGGUUGCCCCGACUGAUGCUUUAGUGACCGAUGCGAAUCUCGUGACCCCUAUCCCGGCAGAGGCCCUUGAAACGAUGCGAAAGGAGUCCCGCAGCGGUCGGAGCUCUAGCACAAGUAGCUGGACCGACGUCUCGGAACCUGGAGCCGAUUUUUCAUCACGAAAACCGGCACAUGAUAGGCAGCGAAAUUCCAGAGCAUCGAGUACCAGUGAGUCAACUUUAGACACGGGCAAUUACAAAGAUCCAAACUUUGAGGCACAUGCACAAGAGUUAUCCCCUGAAAUCGACGACGCAGAUACUAAACCUGCGCAAACUGAAUUCGAAGGGUUUGCCCAGAGCUUCUUGAAGCGCCCCUCGGAGGCUGAUUACGAAGACCUUGCACUAGCCUCGGGGGCGGGUAAUUUCCAAACGUCCCGAUAUACACCUACUCCGUCCCCAUCCAAGUGUCGGGAUACUCGAAGGAAAACCGUUAAGGUUCCUCGGGGCUUAGAAGAUAUCAAGCUGGCGAGGAAGUCCCCUUUGGAGGAAGAAGAUUCUGACGUUGAUUCUCUCCAAUACCUGCUUGAAAAUGACCAAGAUUUUUCUGCACUUUUUCCCCCGGUGGAUGGCGAAGAGGACGACACGGCACUCUUACUCGCCAGUCUACCGACAUAUAAACCACCGACAGCCCAAAAGUUAAAAGUCAGGCCACGAGUUGAAGCCGAAGCUGGCGACCAAAUGUGGGAGCAAGAACGUGCAGUGCAUGAGAAGUUGAUGAAUCGUCUCCGAACGCUACACUUGGAGGUGCGGUCCGCCACUAGGGGUCUUGAUGUGCUGGAGGGUUUCUUGGACGGGGCCGGAUCGAGCGGGGAUCUUAGUGAAUGCUGGGAUGACGCUGCUCAGAGGAAGGAAUAUAUGAGGAGGCUUCGCAAAGAGGAACAAAAGCAGCGGCUAAUACUGGAGCGCAGAAUGAGGCAGAGGAUGGCUCUUCUUGGUACCCCACUUCCUUGGAGCAAGUGGCUUGUAAAAUGGGGGUUCGUAGCGUUUCUGGUUGUGGUUGUCUGGUAUCUCCUCGAACUAGCAGUAUUGUGAGUUUUUAACCUUUACCCCAAUUAUUUGCCGUUUUCAAAAAUGUCCGAACCUUGCCCCGGUAUUAGCCUAGGAAACGCCAAGAUUUGCAGACACUUUUGAAAAUGGCAAGUAUUCGUAGUUACAAUGCAACAGGUAUACCCAAUCAAGGUACUAAUCGUAAAUCUUUACUAGCCUCCACUCCAUGCCUCCAUCGUAUUCAUCCAUUGCCAUCGAACGUAAACCACCCCCAGAAUUUGGGGCACUCUUCUCCCACACAAUCCUCAAGCCGGCGAAAAUCAUCUUUAGCAGCAGCACGUGGCUGAUCCAGCACGGAAUCAUCGCUACCAUAAAUUUCACCUCUACAUUUCUCCCCGCAAUCAUUAGACCCUGCAAAGCUGCGAUCAUGGUCUUGCUCUCAUGCUCAUGGCGUUUCAUGACUGCCAUUGCUGUCGCUUUAUCCUCCUCCUCCCCCUCCUUUUCGGCCGGGCGCGCAUCAGAAACAGUGCACACCGCUGUGGUAGAAUACGCCGGUGUUCCUGCUGGGAUGCCACGGGCGCUGGGAUCUGAUCAAGUAGUUAAUUGAGUAAUCGUUUAAUUGGUUUUGUAUAGAACCCUCCUUUAUUUCUUUCUCUUUCGCUUAAAAGCUUAACUUAAUUGGUUACUUACCUAUUUGAAGUUAUUUUCUAUUAUUUUAUUUUUUAAAAGAUCGUCUCUAUGAUUGUUUGAUUUAAGAUAAUGUAUUUAUCCUUCUUUUCGUACUUGUUUCGGGUUUCUGAAAAAGGCAUGAUACCAUUCUUUCUCGUAUCAUGGCAGGUGCCAUUAUCAUAGGGGAAUGGUUGUGGUGGCUAGCGAAGGAGGCUAUCUUCGAAAUUCGCUGACACCUCCCCCAUUUACACCAAAAAUGGCUGAUUUUAAACACACUCAAUUCAUCCAAAAGCAAUGGAGAAUUAAGGAAAUGAAUUCCAUUGUGUAGGGAAUUACCCAGAAUCUCUGUAUAAGAGUUAUUUCUAUUUUUCUACUCUACCCUGAGAGUUGAGAGCUGUAUGGACAGAUUGGAUGCAGUUGCAAGGUACCUUUUGUCAGAGGAACCUACAUAAAAUUAGAAGUAUUUUGCGUUCAGAGUUGUUGUAUCACACCUUGGCCAUCAACCAA